AUGCAUCAAGCUGCAGAUGUCAAGGAACUAGACACAUUAUGGAUCAAGCCGGUGACCAACGUACUUCAGCAAACAAGUCUCCAUACGCUUGCAACCACAGCGAAAUUGACCCUGCCAGCUCUCGCGGUCACCUACCCCAUCACUAUCUAUCUCCUCACUCCCGGCUGUCUAUUCGUUAUUUUCGACUCUCGUUUCCAUUUCUGUUUCUCCUCUACCACCGUCAAUGGAGAUUCUAAAGCCUUGACUGAUUUGGUGUUGCCACAGCAUGUACCUACACAGGAACUUCCGCAGCCGCGACAGUCAAGAUUCUCUAUCUCGAACAACAAGAUGUUAAUAUCAAAGCCAUGGGAAACGCCUAACAAUAUAUUGGCAUUUGAAGCGCUCGGAGAACCAUAA